CGUACCAUGGUGGGCACUUCCCAGUGAACGACUUUCCUCCCCGACGGUCCCCACCGCCAAAUUAUCAGCCGCAAAAGUCGUCGUCAUGGCACGUUGGCCCCGGGCCUGGAACCUCAUCCAUGUCGCCAGCUCGACUUCACGGCCCUUAUUCUCCACAUCCUCCGUCCUCCUACAUCUCUCGUUGAUCGCCCUUCUUCUCUCGACUGUCGCUCGCGCGCAGACUGCCACCAUCCUGCCAUCUGAAGCCUCAUCUUCCUUUCCAUCAUGUGGCUUGACCUGUUCUCUUCUUGAGCAGGCCCAGGACAACUGCGUGCCGCCCAUCGCCCCCCAUACCAACCAUGCGACCUACGUCUCGUGUUUCUGCCAGUCGAACCUCCUCGUCCAGCUCCACACCUCCUCAAACAAUAUAUGUGAGGACAGCUGCACCAGUGCUUCCGACCGUUCCUUGAUCCAAGCCUGGUAUAGCAAGUACUGUCAGUCCACGGGCGACCUUCAGGAGACUGAUUCGACCGUCAACACCAAGAGGGAUACGCUUGAUGAUGCCGCCACCGCAUCCCUUUUCACAAGGGAUUCGCGCUCGCAAAAAUGGUGGACGACGCACUACAAGUGGGUGAUCAUGAUCAUCGUCCUGGUGGUCGCAUUCUCCAUCCUUACUGCUGUGGGCAUCUGGCUCAAACGUCGUCAUGAUCGCAAAUACCCAGGUCUAUACCACGCCGCCGCAACUGGUGGUACGGACAGCGCAUUGCUGGCGGCCCGCCAGCAGGACGCCAGCCCCUCCCCUGGACCAGGACCUCCCGCUCAAGGCGCAUUCAGGGCCGGUCGUUUCGAUCCCACGAUCAACUCCGGGUCCAUUGCCAGCAGCUCCCACACCAACGUCGCUGCUCCCCCGCCACGACCCAGUCGGACUCCAUCGCGUCUGCAAAAAGCGCAACCGGUGGACGAAGGCGAUAUUGAAAUCCGCGAAGUUCCUCGGUAAUCUGCGUGCACGACAAUUGCUGUUUCCCUGUUCGGAUGUUUUCUCUUUUUAUGCCCCUUGGAUUCCUUCGGGUUCCAGUCCAAUCUUUCAUUACCUUGAAAAAAUCUUCCAUGCGGAGGAAGAUAUUCACGCAUCUAAAUAUUCCCCACCGUUAUGACGGUGUCUGCUGCGUUACCCUGGUGGGUAGUCAGUUAGUCGGCAACCGAAUCUGUGUGCGCGUGCU